GUAGGUUUUCUAGAGAGAUAUAUAGAAUGGCAUAUAAGGUGGAUCACGAGUAUGAUUACUUAUUCAAAAUAGUAUUAAUUGGAGAUUCGGGUGUUGGAAAAUCCAACAUUCUUUCUAGAUUUACCCGAAACGAGUUUUGUUUGGAAUCUAAAUCUACCAUUGGUGUCGAAUUCGCUACAAGAACUCUUCAGGUCGAGGGGAAGACAGUAAAGGCACAAAUAUGGGAUACUGCCGGGCAAGAGAGGUACCGUGCAAUCACAAGUGCUUACUAUAGAGGAGCAGUAGGUGCUCUGUUGGUUUACGACAUAACAAAGAAACAGUCUUUUGAUAACAUUCUAAGGUGGCUCCGCGAGUUAAGGGACCAUGCCGAUUCCAACAUUGUUCUUAUGUUGGCCGGAAACAAGUGUGAUUUGAGUCAUCUUAGAGGCGUCUCUGAGAAUGAUGCUAAAGCGUUGGCAGAGAAAGAAGGGCUUUCGUUUUUGGAAACAUCGGCCCUUGAUGCACACAACGUUGAGAAGGCUUUUCAGACGAUUUUGCUUGAUAUUUAUCAUGUAGUAAGCAAGAAGGCACUGGCUGCACAGGAAGCGGCAUCUUUUGUUCCUACGAAAGGGACAACCAUUAAGGUCGAGAAUAAUGAUUCUAAAGGAUUUGCUUGUUGUUCUAAUUAAGUGUGAAUUGUGUUUGAGUACUUGGAAUUAAAGACACUUGUGGUCAAUUUGUCACAUGAUUGCAUAUAUGAGCCUUGUUUUUGCUCUCCUAUUGCUGUAACACAAGAAAAGAAAAGAAGGAAAG